AGAUGCGCUGGUGAUCGAGAUCCAUCGUGAAGCAAGUCAUGAUAGCAGUGUAGAUCAAGGUGGUGGUGAGGAGGAAAGUUAUGAUCAUAGUAGGAUAGAUGUGGACAAUGAGGAUGAUGAUGAGGAUGACGAGGAUGAUGACGAAGAAGAUGAUGAAGACCCGGAUGAAGAUGACGACGACGAUCAUAGAUCUGAUGGUAAAGCUUGGUUCUGCUCUCAAUUUCGCAAAACACCUAUUUGUAUCCGGUUUUUUAUAUAUAUAGCUUCUUUGGGUACUUAUAAUGUAGAAUAAUGAAAAAAAUUCUUGAACUCAAUUUUUGUGAACCAGGGGUGUGUGUCUUUUCCAACAAACUAAAAAUGGCUCGCGCACAAAAUUUAAAAGUUGUAAUCAUAUUUUGAGUUAAUAGAUGGAAACUUUGUUGGGUUUUUAAUUACUGUACAAAAUUUCAGAAAAUUAGGUUUAGUCUAAGCCCUUUAACUAUUCACGCAAAGUUACAUUUUUCCUAAAAAUCAGCUAUUUGCAUGCUUAAUUAAUGCCUUUGCCUAAUUUGCAUAUGUUUAGCAAUAUGCAAAUUAGGUAAAUGCAUUAAUUAAGCAUGCGAAAGGCUGAUUUUUUAGAAUAAAAUGAAUAGUUAAAGGGGCUUAAACUCAACCAAAUUGUCUGAAAUUUUGUACAGUAAUUAAAAACGCGACAAAGUUUCCAUCUAUUAACUCAAAAUAUGAUUACAACUUUUAAAUUUUGCGCGCGAGCCAUUUUUAGUUUGUUGGAAAAGACACACCCCCCUGGUUCACAAAAUUCGAGUUUCAGAAUUUUUUUUCAUUAUUCUACAUUAUAAGUACCCAAAGAAGCUAUAUAUAUAAAAAACGGAUACAAAUAGGUGUUUUGCGAAAUUGAGAGCAAUUUCAAAUCUGUUCAGUUUUUUUUUUUUAUACACCCUGUAUACAUAAACUUGUGGUUAGAGCUCGACAACUGACCUCUGUAGCUCAAUUGGUUAGAGCACUGCACCGGAAUCGCAGGUUCAAUUCCUGCCAGGGAACUAAAGUUCCAUUUUUCGCUUCUGUUCCUGGUUAGGUUUAAUAAUUGGGAAAAUUUGACAAUUUCCAUCUACAGUACCCAUCAAUUAUUAUUCAUUCGAGUGAGAUGCCACAAAAAUCUUAAUGUUCUGGCAAACCCUGUCACUCCUCGCAAUAUGUCGUGACAGAAUAAGAAUCCGUAUUUAUUGAGCACCUUGAUUUACAAAUAAUAUAUUUGAAUAUAGGGAAGAUAUUUCAGAAUACAAGGGAAGAUAAGUUCUUUGAAUGCGUUUGUAUUUAUGAUAAAAUAUAAUUGUUUUGUUUGUGGAAACAUUACGUAAAUAAAUAAUAAAUAAAUAAAAGUAGUAAUAAAUUUUACGUGGUGUUUCCCACAAAACAAAAACAAUUACAAGGGAAGAUAUUUCAGAAUAAGUUGCAAGCUAACUGUAAUAACCAUAGGGUGACCGCUUAGUGACCGCUUCGGAUCAAUCGAAUUUGAAAAUAAAUUUCAAUUCGAAAAUAAAUGUCAUUUCGAAAAUAAAUGUCAUUUCGAAAAUAAAUGUCAAUUUCAAAAUAAAUAUCAAUUUCAAAAUAAAUGUCAAUGUUUUCUGUGGUGUGACACUGGACCAAUAAUGACCGCCAUACUAAAACAACAUGACCUCCUGUAAAAAUGUUCUUGUCAUUUCAGGUGAAGACGAAGAGAUUGAAGCAGAAGAAGAUGAGGAAACGCAAAAUGAAGAAGGACGCGAUGAAGGAGUGGUUGUUGAGAGUUAUAAUGGAGUAAUCAUGUUAGAAGAUGAAGGAGAAGAGAGCGAAGAUCAUGAUGAUGAUGACGACGAAGAUGAUGAAGGCAAGUCCUUUCAGUUCUGGGUCUUCCUCCGCCCGUUCUUCCAUUUCCCUGGAGAUCGUGGAUCUGAAAGCCCUGGGCAAACUAGGAAACAUUGUUGCGGAAACAUUUGUGAUUCGUGAUGUUUCCUCAAAUGUUUCCCUGUUUGCCCACCCGUGGGAACAUUGUUGCUGAAACAAAAUUUGCUUCCCGGGAAGCAAAAAUGUUUCCUAGCGAAUUCAGAAACAUUUGAUGUUUCCCUAUGUUCCUCACUAAUGUUUCCUAGUGUUUGCCCACUCUGGGAAACAUGGUGAAACAUUGGUUUGCCCAGGGCUUAAGGAACAUUUGUCUUAGCAAGAAGAUUCAAUUUUUCACACAUGCGCAGAGUCUUAAGGAGUCAUAUUAUAUACUUCCUAUCUGUCAUUUGAGACAUGUAACAUAAAUACAGUCAGUCACUCUGUUGUUGCAUGCAUAAUCAGUGGGUGCACAGGGGUGCGCACUCCUGUUGGCCUUGGACAAGGGGGUGCAGAAAAAUCAAAUUCAUUCAAGGCAGCACCAGUUUAAAAUAGAAAUGGCCAAUAUUACUAUAAUUGCUUAUUGCUGUAAACUGAAGCUAAUUAUUCAAUGCCCAAAUCGUAGGAAAUGGCAUUUCAUGGGGUUCUAAUUUUCAACAUUUUCCGGGGGUGAGGGUGGGGGGGGGGGGGUGGCACACAGUACCUCUAGACCCCCUAAGGAGCUCGCGCCAUCGGCGCUCGAGUCGUUAGGAAGCCAAUUCAUUUGAAUGCUCUCCCACCACCCCCUAAAGAAUUAUAAAGAAACACUCGGCUGCUCACCCAGCAUCCUCCUAAAAAAACCUUGCUGGAUCCACCCCUGUGCAUAUGUUGAAGAACAUUUGAAAAAGGUAAAUUCAGGAUGAGUAAAUAAAUAUUUAUUCUUAGAUGAUGAUGACGAGGAAGGUAGCGAGAUAGAAGGACAUGAUAGACCUGAUUUUGGAGAACAUGGUGGCCAUGGCAACGCAGGCGCUGGUGGAAUGGAGAAUGAUUAUCUUUUCUUGCACUUGGAUGAGCCAAGACAAGGUACCUUAUUUAUAAGGCAAAAACAAUAUGUGGGGUUACGGUUUUCUGACCCUACCUAGCUUUUGGACGCCGAAAUCCCGACCCUAAACUUUUUUAUUGGAUCCUGCUUGUAAGUGUUUCCACUUAGAGAAAAACAUUUGUUUGAGGCAAUAUUAAGGAAAUUUAUAUUUAGAUGUGGAAGCACUAACUAAACAAACGUGGCGUCCGGUUGUCAUUUGUGCAAAAGUUUAAAAAAAAGUUAAAACCGACCUACCCUACCUAAAGUCGUGUUUACACUACAAACCUUGGCCUGGCCUUGGCCAGGCCAAGGUAAAUGUGGCGCGUUUACAUCAUUACACUAUAUUUUUGAGACUGGCUCACUUUGGCUUAGAAUUUUGUAAUUAAUUUUGUGUAUUUUUAUGUGUUGUGACGUUGUCCGCUAAUCUCUCACUGUGGACACACGUUGCCAUGAGGGCCGACAGUGUUUACAUUUCCACAAGCCUAGGCCUAGGCCUAGGCCACCGGUUGUAGUGGGCCCAUAUUUCCUGGCCUAGGUCAGGCCAAGGCUAGGCCAAAGUCUGUUUACACUGUCAAAAUGUAGGCCAAGGCCGGUAGUGUAAACAGGACUUAAGUUUUACAAGAAGAAAUAGGAAACCCACAUUUUUUGCCUAAUGUCUGGCCUUUAAAAUAUCCUUUGACUUUAUUUGGCAUCAAUAUGUUGUACUUCCCCUUUUAUAGUGUAUAUUGUGAAACUCGCUUGUCAACCUACUCAACUGUCUUAUACCUCGUAACUUUCAGGUUCUAUCAGUCGUUUGAUCCGAGAACAUGCUCAUCCUGGUGCAAUCCUAGCUUCAUCAGCAUUCCGUGGUGGCCUGUUCGCAGGCCUACGUGCUAACUCUACGGCGACUACCAGCCCUUCAGUUGAUGUCACUGUAGAACAUCCACUGCUCAGACGACAGCAGUCCAGUGAACGUCCUAGCCAGAUCAGUAACAGCCGUAUCUCUCGUGUACAUUUACUGCGUAGCGAUCGUAGUAGAUCUGGUCACAUGACUCAUGUUCAUGUCCAUUAUUCACAUCCUCAUGGUAUGUUAAACUAAAUAGACUGUACCAUUUAUUGUACUCUUGCCUCGAUAAAACCUCUUCUUCAUGUAGCUAUUUCUUCCUGUUACGUGCACAAUAAGUUCAAGGCUUGUGAUUGGGCUCAAGAUCGAAGAGAAGUAUAUCAGGGUGUCCACGGGCCUUGAAAAUCCUGGAAAUCCUUGAAUUGGAAAAAAAAAUAUUCCAGGACUGGAAUGUCCUUGAAAAUUUUAAAAUUACUUCAUAAAGUGAAUUAUUUGCUGGGCAAAUCCGUGCCAUUUCCGUAGAUUUUUCCCAGUUCUAGGUCCUUGAAUUUGCUGAAAAAGGGCCUUGAAAGUCGUGAAAAGGUCCUUGAAUUUCACCUUCACCAAAGGGUGAACACCCUGAUAUUUGUGGACAAAACGUGGGGAUACAAUCCUCAUGUGCGCCUACCAUGCUAAAACAGGCAAGCAUGAAAACGAGGCCAUUGGAGCAAAGUGCAACUAACAGUAAAAUCUAUUGACUCAGGCAAAGUGUUGGCCUGAAAUCCCAGAAAUGAAAGGCACAUGUACCAAUCACUAUACCAUUCCAAACCCAUUUCUUAACACGUUAUUUAGAUAUACCACGCCUGGGUCGUCAUUUGAUGGACGAUGACAUCAGAUUGAUAACACGUGCAGGUCAAAGGAGACUAGCGGAUGACGAUUUCGCUGAUAUCUUUGACUUUGGCGAAGGUAGGUCCAAUAUCUUUCAUGACUGGAAAAUUUAUAUGAAAACGUUAGGAACCAUAUAUGCUUUUGGAAAUUUGCCUCGGAAUUUGGAAAUUUGCCUCGUCCUCGAAAUUUGCCUCGGCACUCGCGAAUUGCCGAGGGAAAUGCCAAGGCAAAUUAAAGCCCUGGACAAACUAGGAAACAUUUUUGCGGAAACAUUUGUGAUUCUCGAUGUUUCCUCAAAUGUUUCCCUGUUUGCCCACCCGUGGAAACACGGUUGCGGAAACAAAAUUUGCUUCCCGGGAAGCAAAAAAUGUUUCCUAGCGAAUUCAGAAACAUUUGAUGUUUCCCACUAAUAUUUCCUAGUGUUUGCCCACUCUUGGAAACAUGGCGAAACAUUGGCAGGAAACAAUGUUUCCGCAACAAUGUUUCCUAGUUUGCCCAGGGCUUAAGAAUUUCACCGUUUACCUCGGAAAACAAAGUGUCGAGGUAAUUUUACUAUUCGUUAUAGACAUCAUUAGUCUUGUGAGUAGUUUAUAUCACCAAAGCCUUCUGAAAACUAUGGAAAUUGUACUUGACGAAGGUCCGACAUUUUAAACUAUAGCGUGUGAAAUAGGCAUUUACGGUUGUAAACAAAACGUCAACGUAUCGAUUAUUGACUUUGAAUCACCUUAGUUUCAGCACUUUUGGGCUUGUAAACUUUUUAUCUUUCCUUAUAACGCCUCACCCAUAAUUUCUCCAAUUUUCUCUCCCCCCCGUAGGACCAUCAAACUCGAACAUCCUCUCUGACAUAUCAUCACCACUAAACCUGUGGACCCAGGAAAGUCAGAUCUUGGACGGGGGGAGCGUGCACCACUGUGCAGCGGCAGUAAAGAAGGAAGUGCUGCCUGUGUUUGAGAAAGAUCUCGAAGAACAAGUGGAAUCAUUGAGAGAAACUGAAAGAAAGAAGAGGAAGGAAGAGGAAGCGAAAAAAGCGGCAGAAGCAGUUAAGAAAGCGGCAGAAGCAGCUGAAAAAGAAAAGGGUAAGAAGAUUGCUUUAUUAACAGAAAAUAAUUUUCUUCCUAAAUGGGGUUUUUAAGUCGAUGAUCUAGUGAUCAGAAUCCCAUUGUCUUUUCAUUGUUUUGAAAACCCUAGUGUUCCCAAUGCUAUCCAGUCACGAUCCAGUGAUCAGAAUGUUCCCUUGUCUGUUCAUUGUUUUGAAAAUCCCAUUGUUCUCCAUGCCAUCCAGUCACGAUCCAGUGAUCGCAAUGUAUAUUCCGUUGUCUUUUCAUUAUUUUGAAAUUCCCACUGUUCUCCAUGCCGUUCAGUCACAAUCCAGUGAUUGGGCUAACCGAUAUGCCGCCAACACCUGUGUGGUUACUGGAAUAUCAUGUAAGAUGGUUGGUAUGCAUAUUCUUUUUGUCGUAUUUUAGAAGAUAGCAAAGCUAAUGAGUCAAGCAGUGAACCUACGACCACAACAAGUGGUGAACCGAUGCAAGUGGAGUCUGCCGUGUCUCAACCUAGCCUACCAGAAAAUGUUUCAGGACGAGAGGAAGAAGGACAUGUUUAUACUGAAGCUGGUACGAUUGUGAUUACAAGAUUAUUAAUUGAUUGUACACGAAUUGACAUGAUAGGCAGUUUAUUGUAGACACAACUUCAAAGAUGACGAUGGUUGGUGGCCCUUACUGGACCUCUAGGGAGGACAGUUUAGAACCGUUAGAGCUAUCCAGAAUAAAUAAAGUUCGUUUAGUUCAGGUUUUCUCCUGUAGUAACACUUUACUGAUGAGGAUUGCUCUUACUGGACCUCUUGGAAGAACAGUUUAGAACUGAUAGAGCUAUCCAGUAGAUUAUUAAAGUUAGUUUAGUUUAGGUUUCCUCCUGUAGUAACACUGGAUCAGUAAGAGGAGAUCUUUACUGGACCUCUAGGGAGGACAGUUUAAAACUGCUAGAGCUAUUCAGUAUGAAUGAAGUUAGUUUAGUUUAAUUCGGACUUGAAAGCAGUCGAUUGAGUUUACUGUAUAUAUCAAACGUCUAUAUCAUUCGCUAAGCAUUUGUUUUAAUCUAGGAGAAACAACCCAAAGAAACGAGGAAGGAACCAGUGUUCCAGAAACGCCAACUAACCAGACAACUGAUGAAACUAGACCGUCAGAAAUGCAUAUUGAACCAAGUAAUAUCACACCACCCAGUGACCGACCUUCAGAGAUGCACUUUGAAGCAAGCAAUGAUACCCCAGCCAACCAAGCUAGUGAUGUUCAACAGCCUGAUCCCCCACCUGAACCUAGCCAAGAUAUUCAGCCGGGUAAUUCUGAAAUGCAAGUGGAGGCAAGCAGUGUGGUUGUGAGUGAGACCCCCACCCCCAGCCUUGUUCCCUGCCCACCUCAAGUAGCGGGUAUCAUCUCUGUAGCAGUUCCCGAGGUGGGAUUGUUUGUCACUCCGAAUCUUGAUACACCCACCCAAGUGUGCCCAGGAGCCCCCACCCGUGCUUUGCCUGAAACCCCUGAUCCAUCUGACCCUAACCUUGCCCCCACCCCACGGUCACCUGAUGAUGAUGAUUACAUGGACACUACUGGUGAUGGUUCGUCUCCAGCAGGUAAAUUUAAAACGCACCAUUCUAUCUUCAAGGCCAAGUGCUACCAAAUCUCCAAUUAAAUGUACUUUAACCUGUUAGCUCUACUUAUAGUGUUAAUAUUCUUGGAGGUCCAAGCCUUUUAUCAUUCCAGUGUUUCUGAACUGAACUGAACUAAAUUUAUUUACAUACUAAACUAAACUAACUUUAUUUAUACUGGAUAGCUCUAUCAGUUCUGGACUGUUUUCCCUAGAGGUCCAAUAAGGAUCAUCUCUUAUUAAUCCAGUGUUGCUACAGGAGGGAACCUAAACUAUACUAACUUUAUUUAUACUGGACAGUUCUAUCAGGUCUAAACUGUUCUUCCUAGAGGUCCAGUAAGGAUCAUCUCUUAUUGAUCCAGUGUUACUACAAGAGGGAACCUAAACUAUACUAACUUUAUUUAUACUGGAUAGCUCUAUCAGUUCUAAACGAUUCUUCCUAGAGGUUCAGUAAGGAUCAUCUCUUAUUGAUCCAGUGUUACUACAAGAGGGAACCUAAACUAUACUAACUUUAUUUAUACUGGACAGUUCUAUUCUAAACUGUUCGUUCUAGAGGUCCAGUAAGGAUCAUCUCUUAUUGAUCCAGUGUUACUACAGGAGGAAACCUAAACUAUACUAACUUUAUUUAUACUGGACAGUUCUAUUCUAAACUGUUCGUUCUAGAGGUCCAGUAAGGAUAAUUUCUUAUUGAUCCAGUGUUACUACAGGAGGGAACCUAAACUAUAUUAACUUUAUUUAUACUGGACAGUUCUAUUCUAAACUGUUCUUUCUAGAGGUCCAGUAAGGAUCAUUUCUUAUUGAUCAAGUAUUCCCACUGGAGAAAACCGAAACUAUAUACUAACUUUAUUCACACUGGAUAACUCUAUCAGUUCUAAACUGUCCUGUUCCCGAAACAGGUUCGGCCAACCACUGCAGAAGGAUUAUUGAUUUCACUGUUGUUGUGUUUCUGUAGUAUUUCCAAACACCACCAACCCUAAUCAGCCAACAGCAGAAAGCCAACCUGCAGAUCCAACACAUGCCUUCACAGAAAGCCUUUCUCUAUUCACAACUGAAACACCGGAAACCAGCAGCGACACCCAGAACCCACCAGCCAUGAUCGAUGGAGUUCAAAUACCCGAGGGUGUCGAUCCCUCGUUCUUGGAGGCGCUACCCGAAGCGAUACGUCGUGAGGUUUUAGCAGAGCAGUUAGCUUUACGUCGUACGGCCGCUGCGUCGUCGUCUGGCCCUUCGACAUCAAGUGGUGGAGAGAACACGGGCACAUUGAAUGUCAGUCCUGAGUUCCUGGCUGCUUUACCUCC